CGUAUGUUGUACGUUCUGAUAGGUAAAUCGUGGGGAAGUUUAUUAAUGAGAAGAAAUUAAGAUACAAAAAGACUUCGUUCUUUAAAUAAGAUUUGUUUGUAAGAAUUCACACAGCGAUGGAUGUUUGUAAAUUUAUUAGCUGUUUACUUUGUUUGGUUGUAUGCGGUCUACCUGAUUUCACAGACGCACAACUCGGUGGAUAUGCAUAUCCACGGCGAAUAAGGCCCAGAGGUCGUUUGUACCCUGUAUACCCGCGAGAUCCCUAUCGACGACCAAUCUAUCAUGAUCCAGUGUUACCGAUAGGUGGUGGCAGAGUGAGGGGUGUAUAUCCGCCUGUAAUUGAUGGAGGCCUGCGACGGCCAACUGUUGUAACUGAUAGAUCGGAAAGACAGAGAUCAAAUAUUAAUGUACAGAAUACCAAUAACAAUCGACGUAUCGAGAGCAGUUCAGGAAAUGUUAACGUUAACCAAGUCCAAGAAACCGGACAAACUAGAUGCGUACCAGCUUGUGAUAGUUUAUGCUAUGGAGAAUGUGUUCAUGAUUCUAGCUGUACAGGAGGAAGGUGUAGUCCCAUAAUAGGGGGAGGAAUGUUUAUAUAACUGUUCACAGAACAAAGAAGAGAAAACAAAUAAAUUAAUAUUUAAAAUGUU